AUGUGUACACGCACCUUUUUUUUUUUUUCUUCCCAGUGUCAUCUCUUGCCUAAAGAAGCGACGAUGUAUCUCUGGGGUCACAAUUCCCUCACGUUGAAGGAUUCAGCAGACCCGUCGUUGGAGAUGGGGCCGGACACGGAGGGCGAGGAGGUUCUGUUGAUUAACGCCCGCCCCUACACGCUGACCGGUGUUUCUGCGGAAAAGGGCGGGCUAUCGCAAGGCUUUAUUGAUAUAAAAAAAAAUGAGGAUCUUCAGAAGGCAGGGGUUCCGCCGUUCCGUGUCAUGGAACUGGAUGUCUUGAGGUAUUCGGCAGAUCAAAACCAUGACGAUUGGGUUAGUCUGGCGGCUCUCAUACGGGAAAACUAUCAUAAAUACCGCGGCUUUGUGAUUAACAACGGGAAAGACAAUAUGGUGGCCACCGCAACGGCUCUCAGCUUUAUGCUGGAGAACUUGGGGAGACCUGUCAUUUUUACCGGCUCUUGUAUUCCACCAGAGCGUUUGUACACAGACCUCUAUCGUAAUUUGAUUGUCGCCCUGCUCUUUGCAAGCUGCAGCCAGAUCAAUGAGGUCUGCAUUUUGUUUGAAGAGCGACUGUUUCGGGCCAAUAGAACAAUUCAAUUUUCCAGAUCAGCAAUUUCACCGUUUGACUCACCGCAUUUUCCACCACUGGCGACAAUUCAUGGAAAAAUGAGUAUACACCGGACAUUUCUUCGGCCAUAUCCGCAUGGUCAGUUUCGUGUAAUGGAUAAUAUGAGAGCUGUUGUCUUGUGUUUGAAAUUGGGGCCAUCGAUGCGGAGAAGGGUUUUAUUAAGGUCGGUUGAGUUAACCGAGGCACGUGCUAUUGUUAUCAUCGCAUACGGUGGGGGAAAUGCGCCAACACGUGGGGGUUACAUGAAGGAGAUUGUGAGGAAAGCUGUGGAGCGUGACAUUGCCGUUUGUGUUUGCACGCAGAACUUGUACGGUUCCGUGGACUUGGGAACAUAUGCCGCAGGGGAUCAAUUGCUGGAGGUGGGAGCGGUAUCGUCACGUGACAUGACCAUUGAGGCCACCAUCAUGAAACUCAAGUACCUCAUAGGGGUUGGUCUCUCCACAAAGGAAAUCAAACGAUUCUUUGGUGAUGUUAGUCUGCGUGGUGAACUCACUCCACCUACGUCCCAAUUGUAA